GUUUUAUUUUUUCCAGGCCGUCUAUGCAGAAAAAACAACUUCAGUGAAAGAACAGAGGAUAAAUGACUCCAUAUAUCUAAAACAAAAUUCAGGGCGUCUCCUAUUUGAAUUCAAUGAUAAAGCCUUGACCCUCUUCAUAUCAAUAAGGUCUUUGUAGUCUGCUGAAAAAUAUUUUAUUGCACUUGUUUUGCUCUGUGUUUAAACGGAGAAAGCACAAGUUUUGUGUCGAGGCGAUUCUCUGAGAGGCGGUGAUUGAGUCUACACGGUUCUCAUGUGGUAGAUAACUUCACAGCGCCGCCCAGCAGAGCUUCAUUAUUCACUGCUAGUUGUAGGUGAAGGUUCCUUCUCAGAGAAAUGGCUGAAACUGCUCCAGCACCCGCUGCCUCACCGGCGAAAGCUCCCAAGAAGAAAGCGGCGUCCAAGCCCAAGAAAGCGGGCCCAAAUGUUCGCGACCUCAUCGUCAAGACUGUGACCGCAUCCAAGGAGAGAAACGGCGUGUCUCUCGCAGCCCUGAAGAAGGCUCUCUCCGCCGGAGGAUAUGAUGUGGAGAAGAACAACUCCCGCGUCAAGACCGCAGUCAAGGCCUUGGUGACUAACGGCACUCUGGCCCAGACCAAAGGCACAGGCGCCUCCGGUUCAUUCAAGCUCAACAAGAAGCAAGCCGAGCCCAAGAAGGCAGCCAAGAAAACCGCCGCGAAAGCCAAGAAGCCGGCUGCUAAGAAACCCGCCGCUAAGAAAUCUCCAAAGAAGGCAAAGAAACCGGCGGCUACAUCUGUGAAGAAGGCGACAAAGAGUCCCAAGAAAGCCAAGAAGCCAGCAGCUGCCAAGAAGGCCACAAAGAGCCCAAAGAAGGCAAAGAAACCAGCAGCUGCCAAGAAAGCAGCCAAGAGCCCCAAGAAGGUGAAGGCAGUCAAGCCCAAAACAGCUAAACCCAAGGCGGCGAAGCCUAAAAAGGCGGCUCCCAAGAAGAAGUAAUCGACUAUUUAUGCUCGAUUCUUCCUAAAACCCAAACGGCUCUUUUAAGAGCCACAUACAUAACAGUAAAGAGCAAUAUCUCCAUGGUCUUAAACAACUGAUUAUAAAACGGCAAUUAAAUAAACCAUGAACUACAUGGUAGUGAAGGUAGACAAAUAUUCGGAAGCAUCCCUUUUCGUUCACGAUGAGGAAAACUUUGGUUAUCUAAAAAGUUAUGUUUCAUCCACGUGAAUCAAUUUACUCACAAUUAAAUGCCUAAAAUACAUCAAUGGUGGGCGUACAGGUUCAGCACAAACGUAUGACGCUUGCUUAAAAGCUUAUUGUUUCCAUAACAUUUCCACUUAAAGCAUUCACUCGCAUAUGGAAAUCACAAAUAGGAGUUUGCUUAUUGUACUCUACACGAAAAAAAGCUAAGAAUUGAACAAAAAAGUUACCUGAUAAACAAAUCUACAAGCUAAUAAAAAUGUCGUUUCGCCAUUACUUUCCAUGCAAUGAGAGCUUAUCCUAAAAAAAAAUAACAAAGAAAUAAAAGAAAUGCACUGCCAUUGGUCAGAAUUGGCACGUCACACUACGACGUAAAUGCAAGAGCCAAUCAAACGCCUCAACAACUACUGACCUCCUAAUAUAAAGCCGAGUCUGCAUCCUACCAAUAUCAUUCUACUCUUGAGCUCGAACUGAAAGU